AUGGAAUCAUCUUUUCUUCUUGAAGAACAAGUGCGGGACUUGGAAAGUAAGCUAUCGUACUCCAGUCAGACGAUUAAAACCAAAGAACAUGUCGUGCGGUUACAACAGGAGCAAAUUAAGAAAUUGGAAACUAUGUAUAAAAAAUCCUUGGAGGACAUCGCACGAGUUUCCUGCGAAUACAAACAAGCACAGAACGAGUUGGAGAAUCUCAGAAUUAUUCUGAAAUCGGUGAGGACGACUAUGAAAAGAGCAAAGAAAUCUACGCAGAAUAUGGAAUUGCAAGUUGAUUUAAAACCUCCGGUGUGUAUUGAAGACUUUCAGCAUGAAUAUAUGAAACAAUUCAACGAAAUUAACAACAUUAUAGGAUUACAAACAGAAAAAAAUCAAUAUAUUAUUGAACUGUUGCAAGAAGUAACCUCUAAUCACUUGUGUGCCAUUCUUCAGCGUGUAGAAGAACUUGCAACAAACACAGAAAAUUUAACUGUUAGGAAAGUGCAAAUACUUCCUAUACUCGUAGAAAAUGUAGAGGAAGUUAAAGACAACAUGUGUCUCAUGAUCGAAGCAAACCAUCAAACAGAUCUCAUAACUGUUGAUUCUUCAACAAAUAUCACCAUCAAUGUUUCCUCGUCACCAGUACAGGCUGUAACUGCAACAAUGAACGUUGGAUCAUCCCCUGAAGAGAUAUCUCUUCACACUUGCAGUAUUCAAUGUGAACUUAAUACAUAUUCAUCAAUUUUAAUCCAAAACACAGUCUAUGAUGAUAUAUGUAUUUUAAAAAGCUCUCUGCAGCGCAUAGAAGCAGAUGUAGAUGUUAAUGAGGAGCUUUUUGAGCAUCUGAAACAAUUAAUGUUAACUUGUCAACAUCUAGUUGAGUAUAUUUAUCAGAAAGACAAUGAAAUCGCUAGUUUACGCACAAAUGUAGACGUGAUUAGCAGCAUGUUAGAACGUACUAGUGUCUUGGCUAUUGAUGAAGUAAAACAACUGUGUAAAGAUGUAACAUUGCAGACAGGGCAAGAAUAUAUGCGGAUUAUGCAAGAGAAUGGUCGCGUUAAAGUGCAUAAUGAGAUGUUAACAACCGAAAUCGAAGAGUUAAAGAAUCACACAUGUGAAUAUCCACGAAUUGUUGUAGAAUUAAUGAAUGUAAAUACACAAACUGAGUUAGAAUUCUACCAAGAUGUGUAUACAUUUAAAAGUUUUAAAAUGCCCAUGAUGGUGUCGUGCAGCACACAAAUUUACAACUGGGCGGGAAUAACAGAUCAGAUACAGUUAUUACGCCUUGAAAAUGACGAAUUAAUAAAGAGAAUAAUCGAUUUAAAAGAGGAAUUACACUUAGCGCAGUUUAAUCAUAUCGCAAUGAAAGAACUACAAGAAAUGUGUCUAAAACUUAGCCAAGAUUCAAACCAAGAACAUUACCACCAAGCCAUUCAGGAGUUACAACUGGAAAUUUAUAACUUACGCGCGGAUAACAAACAAUUAAGUGAUGGUGUUAAACAAUUAAGAAUUGUUGUUCAUGCACAUGAUGAAUUAAUGCGAGAAAACAACAUUGAUGAUUCCUCAUUGUCUGAAUUAAAGGAAUUGAAAUGUAUGUGUCAGGAAUUAACUGUAAGCUUAAAACACAAGACGCAGUUACCUCCAAUUGAAGAGAAAUUUGAAGUUUUAGUAAAUCUAGAGAAAGAUCUGAGGGUUUUAAUGAAAGAGUUUUUAGAAUUUAAAUGGUCAUCACAGAUUGAACAUGAAAAACUAUUACUGAAACAUUCUGACUUGCUAACGCACAAUGAAGAACUUAUUAAUUGUUUGAAUCAGUAUAGAUCUGUAAAUGGGAGUUUAUUACAGUCACAUUAUGAUCUAGAGAUUGCAAAGUGUAAUGUUGACAAUGAAAAUCAAAGAUUGCUUGCGGAAAUUGUAAGUUUUACUUCUACAAUAUCAAAAUCUAGUGAAAGUUGUGGAAUCAAUACAGAUUUGACUAUAGAAGACAUUGUAGAGCUUAACCAAGUCAAAAGAGAUAAUUGUAAGCUGCAACAGGAGAUGGAUAAUGUUCUGAAGCAAAUAAAUACUUUGGAAACACUAAAUAUGAAUUUUGAAAAGAUAAAUUCGGAAAAUAAUCAAUUAAAAGCUGCAAUUACUGAAAAAGAUAACACUUUAUCAUCAUAUAAUAAUUUAAAGGAGCAAUUCCGCCAUUUGCAGUUGCACACUGAUGAAAACAUCGAAAAAUAUCGUCAUGAAGCUGAAAUUCUCAAAAAUGCAAUUUCUAAAUUAGAAAUUGAGACAAAUACAUUCAAAUCUGAAUUAGAACAAAAAGAAAAAAUAAUAAAAGACAAUAAUAGUCUACAAAAUGAGCUUGAAGACUUGCAAAUCCAAUUAAAAGCAGUUACCGAUGUUAAAGAUAAAGUAGAAGCUGAUUUUGAGAGCUAUAUUCGUACAAAUAAUUUGUUACAGCAGACUAUACACGCGCAAGACAUCGGAAUCGCAGAAGAUUUAUCUGAAACUAAAGAACAAAACGAAGCCUUACGCAGUCAAUUAAACGAUGUGCUUUAUAAUCAAGCAAAUACAGAAAGUGAAUUCGCACAGAUUACAAACGAAUGUGCAAAUUAUAAACUACAACUAGACAAAAUGGCGCAUAAAAUGGCAGUGCAUACACAAGAGCACCUCGCUUACAAAACAGACGCAGAAGAAGUCAAACAAGGACUUCUGAUGGAGAUUGCCAGACUGAAGCAGAUGCUACAGUGUCCUGACGCAUUCGACGUAAAUGAUUACCAAGGCGAAGAUGGAGCGCGUAAACUCAAGGCUUUCAUCAAUGCAAAGGAUUUAGAGAUUGAUCGCUUGAUGGGGCAGAAGAUGCGUGCAAUGGAGAUGAUGGGUCGUGGUAGAGACACGUUCAAAGUGCAGCUUAAUCCUAAAAAAUGUUCAAGAGAUUUGAGUGCAAGUGCAGGUAGUUGUUCCUCGAAACGUGGUCAUCCACGUUCAGCUUCUGUUCCCCGCACAGCAAAACAAGCAGUUCCAAAUUGGUCUAAACAGAAUAAUUCAACAAAAUGGAAGUAA